GUCGGAUCGGAAGUUACCACAUUUUGAUCGGAAGCAACAACGGGAGAUCGCUGGCUGUGAAGAGUUUUGAAAGAGUGCUAAAAGAAGCGUCUUCGCCUUCUACGACGUUGUUCCUGUCGGAUCGGACCUCCGUUCGAUAAAUUUCUCAGUUGGGGAUAGUUGGAAUUGCAUCGGGAGAUCGGAGGUAGGAGGCCAAGAUGGGAGAGCGGAAGGUUCUUAACAAGUACUAUCCGCCGGAUUUCGAUCCGGCGAAGAUUCCCAGGAGGAGGCAGCUCAAGAACCAGCAGAUGAAAGUCCGCAUGAUGCUUCCCAUGAGCAUCCGUUGCGCCACUUGUGGCACCUACAUCUACAAGGGAACCAAGUUCAACUCCCGGAAGGAAGAUGUUAUUGGGGAGACAUACUUGGGUAUUCAAAUAUUCCGCUUCUAUUUUAAAUGCACAAAAUGUUCAGCUGAGGUCACUAUAAAGACGGAUCCUCAAAAUUCAGAUUAUGUUGUUGAAUCUGGAGCUUCGCGGAAUUUUGAACCUUGGCGUGGAGAGGAGGAGGCUGCAGAAAAAGAGAAACAGAAAAGAGAGACAGAGGAGUUAGGGGAUGCCAUGAAGUCUUUGGAGAAUAGAGCAUUAGAUUCAAAGCAAGACAUGGACAUACUUUCUGCACUAGAAGAAAUGAGAUCAAUGAAGUCAAGGCAUGCAACAGUAAGCUAUGAUGUGAUGCUAGAGACCUUGAAGCGAUCAGCAUAUGAGAAGGAGAAAAAGAUUAUGGAAGAACUGGAUGCAGCAGAUGAAGAAAUUAUUAAAUCAAUAGCUUUUCAUGGUUCAAAAGAUUUUGUUAGGCGGAUAAAUGAUGAAGAGGAUGAAGAUCUAGAUGAUGAUUUACCAAUGUUGCCUUCUAAUGGAGUAUCAAUUCUCACCUUGAAGAGAAAAGGCUUCGAGGAAGUAUGUGAUAAUCCUACCGAUGUUUUGACUAAAGCAAGCAUUCUCAACGGUUCAGAAGGUAGUUCAUCAUUUGUCAGGCCAAAAUUUAUGUUGAAGCCGCGCUCUUCACCUAUGUGUCAAACCAAGAAACGGCGUGCUGAGGUUAAAGAGAGCGGCCAAUCCAAUGAUCUGCAGCAAAAUGGUGAGUGUGAAAUUGAGGUCAAACAAUCACAAGAUGGAGAAGUUGAUCAGAGCAAGCAGACUGAAGUCGAUACAACCAACGCACUUCAAUCACUUCUCCACAACUAUGAAAGUGAUGAGAGCUUAUGAUUCCUAGUCUAAGGCUUCAUCGUCGGGCACAAUUUCAUCCUUUAUAGACGUAUUAAAGUCGGAGAAUAAGCGUCUACGGUGAAGGAAAAACAACUCAGUUUUGCUAUAUUUAUGGUUGGGCUCGGAAUGUUCUGCUUGGAGUUGAGUGUGCUAGACAGAUAUUCAUGCUAGUUAUUGUAAACAUUUAAGUAAUUUUAUGAAAGCAAAAAUGUAUUCUACCAUGCUAAGAGACAAAAGUAGAUUUAUUGAAUAUGAGAUGUAUAUAAUAUAAUUUUUUUCCCUCAAGGAGAGCAAGAAUUUACUUGGGGCAAAGUGAUAAUUUUUGUA